GGGGGAAGAGCUCAAACGUACCCAGUCUAACCCAGUCCAGACCAGGCCAGUUCCACCGGGUGACUAGAGAACAGGGGAGCAAAGAGGAACCCCAUCUCUCCGGGGUGCGGGGCGUGGGCUCUGCGUUCCAAAGACCCAGGAAUGCCCCCCUACCCGCCCCACCGGCCGCGGGGGGGAGGGCUCAGCCGGGAGUUUGGCAAACUCCUCCCCGAGUUGAGUCAUUCGUCUCUGGGAGGUUUAGGAAGCGACUCCGGGUCGGUGGCCCCAGGACAGGGAAGACUGGGCGCUAUGGGGAGUUGGACUCCUGGGUUCCUAUUGCUUACUCGGCUGCUCCGCUCCAGUCCUCGGGCCCGGCACCGGCUCCUGCAGCUGCUGCUGCUCCGCCCGCGGUCGCUGCUGCUCUCGCUGCUGUUGCUGCUGCUGCUGCAGUCUGGAGUCAGGGGCUUCAACUUGGACGGGGAGGCCCCGGCCGUGCUCACGGGACCCGAAGGAUCCUUGUUCGGCUUUUCGGUGGAGUUCUAUCGGCCCGGGGCUGAAGGGGUCAGUGUUCUGGUGGGUGCUCCCAAAGCCAACACAAGCCAGCCAGGAGUCCUGCAGGGCGGCGCCGUCUACCUCUGCCCUUGGGGCCCCAACUCAGCCCAAUGUACCCCCAUUGUGUUCGACAGUAAAGGCUCUCGGCCUCUGGAGUCAUCCUUGUCCAGUCCUGAAGGGGAGGAGCCUGUGGAAUAUAAGUCCCUUCAGUGGUUUGGGGCCACAGUCCGAGCCCAUGGCUCCACCAUCCUGGCCUGUGCCCCUUUGUAUAGCUGGCGCACAGAGAAGGAACCCAUGAGUGACCCAGUAGGCACCUGCUACCUCUCUACUGACAACUUUACCCGAUUCCUGGAGUACUCACCUUGCCGCUCAGAUUUUAGCUCUGCCACAGGGCAGGGUUACUGCCAAGGGGGUUUCAGUGCAGAAUUCACCAAGACAGGACGUGUGUUGCUGGGAGGACCCGGGAGCUAUUACUGGCAAGGGCAGAUCCUGUCGGCUACUCAGGAGCAAAUUGCAGAGUCCUACUACCCAGAGUAUCUCAUUACUGAAGUUCGGGGGCAGUUACAGACCCGACAAGCCAGCUCUACCUAUGACGACAGCUACCUAGGAUAUGCAGUAGCUGUGGGCGAAUUCAAUGGAGAUGGCACAGAGGAUUUCGUGGCUGGAGUACCUAAAGGGAACCUCACCUAUGGCUAUGUCACCAUCCUCGAUGGUUCGGAUGUCCAGUCCCUCUACAAUUUCUCAGGGGAACAGAUGGCCUCCUAUUUUGGCUAUGCUGUUGCUGCCACAGACAUCAAUGGGGAUGGGUUGGACGACCUUCUAGUAGGAGCCCCACUACUAAUGGAGAGGACAGCUGAUGGACAAGCUCAGGAAGUGGGCAGAGUAUAUGUCUACCUCCAGCACCCAUCGGGCAUGGAGCCCACGCCAGAUUUGACCCUCACAGGACUUGAUGAGUUUGGACGGUUUGGUAGCUCCUUGUCCCCCCUGGGAGACUUGGACCAGGAUGGCUACAAUGAUGUGGCCAUCGGAGCCCCAUUUGGGGGGCAGACCCAGCAAGGAGUGGUGUUCGUGUAUCCAGGAGGUCCCAAAGGACUGGGUUCAAAACCCUCCCAGGUGCUGUUACCCCUCUGGCAACCGGGGCAUAGCCCUGAUUUUUUCGGCUUUGCUCUCAGAGGGGCUCGAGACCUGGAUAACAAUGGAUAUCCAGACUUGAUUGUGGGGGCCUUUGGUGUGGACAAAGCGGUUGUGUACAGGGGUCGUCCGAUUAUCUCUGCCAGUGCUUCCCUCUCCAUCUUCCCUGCCAUGUUCAAUCCUGAAGAACGAAGCUGCAACUUGGAAGGGAACCCCAUGUCCUGCAUCAACCUGAGUUUCUGCCUCAACGCUUCUGGAAAACAUGUCCCAGACUCCAUUGGUUUCACCGUAGAGCUCCAGCUGGACUGGCAGAAGCAGAAAGGGGGCAUUCGUCGGGCACUGUUUUUGGCCUCACAACAGGCGUCCUACACCAAGACCCUCCUCAUCCAAAACGGGGCUCAUGAGGAUUGUCAGGAAAUGAAAAUCUACCUUCGGAAUGAAUCAGAAUUUCGAGACAAACUUUCCCCGAUCCACAUUGCACUCAAUUUUUCGCUGGACUCCAAAGCACCUCCUGACACCUAUGGCCUCCGUCCGGUGCUGCACUACCAGAGCAGGAGCCGAAUUGAAGAUAAGGCCCAGAUUCUUCUGGACUGUGGAGAAGACAACAUCUGUGUGCCUGACCUUCAACUAGAAGUGUUUGGGGAGCAGAAUCAAGUGUUCCUGGGGGACAAGAAUGCCUUGAACUUAACCUUCCAUGCCCAGAACCUGGGAGAAGGAGGGGCCUAUGAAGCUGAGCUUCGUGUCAUUGCCCCCCCAGAGGCUGAGUACUCAGGACUGGUCCGACACCCCGGGAAUUUCUCCAGCCUAAGUUGUGACUACUUUGCUGUGAAUCAGAGCCGUCAGCUUGUUUGUGAUCUGGGGAACCCCAUGAAGGCCGGAGCCAGUUUAUGGGGGGGCCUUCGAUUCACUGUCCCUCAUCUCCGGGACAACAAGAAAAAUAUCCAGUUUGAUUUCCAGAUUCACAGUAAGAAUCUCAAUAACUCUCAGAGUGAAAUGGUUUCCUUCCUGCUUUCUGUGGAGGCUCAGGCCCAGGUCUCCCUGAACUGGGUGUCCAAGCCAGAGACAGUGCUAUUCCCAAUAGGUGGCUGGCAACCCCAAGAUCUACCCGAAGAAGAGAAUAGCAUUGGCCCUGAGGUCCAACAUGUCUAUGAACUUAUCAACCAUGGUCCCAGCUCCAUCAGCAGAGGGAUAUUGAAGCUUAGCUGCCCACUGGCCCUGGAUGGUCAGCAGCUCAUCAAUGUCACCAGUAUUUCAGGGCUUAGCAAUUGCACAACUAGUCACUCACCCAACUCACAAGACCUGAAGCUGGAUCCCCAGGAGCCUCAACACCGGCCGCAGAAGUGGGAAGCAUUAAGUCGGGGAUCCACCCCUGUGCCCCGAAUUCUGAAAUGUCCCGACGUAGAAUGUUUCGAGCUGCGCUGUGAGCUAGACCAGUUACACAGGCAGGAAAGCCGAAGUUUACAGUUGAACUUCCGAGUAUGGUCAAAGACCUUCCAGCAGUGGGAACAUCAGCCAGCCACUCUGCAAUGCCAGGCAGUAUAUGAGGCUCUGAAGAUGCCCUAUCGGAUCCCACCUCGACAGUUGCCUCGCAAGGAGCUUCAGGCGGUAACUGCAGUGCAGUGGACCAAGGCGGAAGGCAACCAGGGGGUCCCACUCUGGAUCAUCAUCCUCGCUGUGCUCCUCGGCCUCCUGCUCCUCGGCCUCCUGAUCUACGUCCUCUAUAAGCUCGGAUUCUUCAAACGUUCCCUCCCAUACGGCACCGCCAUGGAGAAGGCUCAGCUCAAGCCCCCCGCCACCUCGGAUGCCUAAGAUCUCCCUGCCCCGGACUCCUUAUCCCAAAAGCCCUGUCCUUCCUCAGCUGACUGGGGUGGAGGAAGGGAGCAGGUGCUUCCUAAAGGUGCUUAGCAAGGAGGGGGGAUUUGAUCUUCCCUCAUCCCAGCUCAGAGACAUACUUGAAGAGUCAGAGCUGGGAGUGGGAGAGCAGGGGACCCUCUCCCCAAUGCACUGUGAAGGACCCAGAUUAUGGGGACAGACAUAGGACCCUGCAACCCUAGACCCUUGGAGACUUGGGACAGAAAGUUCUUUGGAAAUGGCUCCAGAACCAGAGCUGGGAAAUCCAGUGCCAGAUUCCUGGGGGCCAGCUGUAAUUCUCCAGCUUCAAGUCCCCUAACGGGGGAGUCCUGUCCUUAGCCUUGUAACUGACCCAAGGGCCAGAGAAUCUUCUGGACUGUGAACCUGGAACUCUGCGGAGGGUGGAUGCUCUGGACCCUCUGAAGCCAGCCCCAGCUCUGGGUAAAGAAGAAACGUAGACCUAGGCGGGUGAGCCCAGGGGCUGAUAUAGAACCGGGAAGUUCCAUUCUGUGGACUUGGCACCCGGCUCGAAAUGGAGCCAGAAUUCAGAUGAAGACAGAUCUCCAAAAUGAUCUGGCACUGACUUAGAACCCGGGGCUUUCUAGGACUACUUGAGGAUUCCAAUCAGGCUAGGACUCCAGGUUAGACUGAUGUAGCAGCUCACCUGGAGACAAGUCCAGGACCUGACUCAGGAGAAGUUGGAAUCCCAGGAAGCCCAGGGCCUUGAUGGGAACUACAGUGGAGGCAGCUGCCAAUCGGAAACUCCACUUUGGCCUCAUCCCAGGGCCUCGGAGCAAGAGGGCCUGCCUGCCCGAGCCGGGCAAGAGUGUUCUUACAGCUGUAUUGAUGCUGCCUCCUCCCCUGCCCUGCCCCUCUUCUUGGCCCUGGGGAUGUCCUGGGACUUAUUUAAACUCUGUUGCAAGUGCAAUAAACUUGGCUAGGGGCCACCACUGACCACAG